UAUAGCUCACAAUACUAAAUUAACAACAACUUUAUUGCGGAGUCUACGAAGAGAGUUCUUGAUCCAUUACAGGAAGCUGAUUCUUGUAGUUAUGGUUUCUGUGCGGCUUCUUGAGUGUCCUGAUGUACCUGAAGAACCAGACAUGCACCGAAUUCCGGAGAUGAUGUUUUCCGCCGGCGAAGAACCCGUUGGUGUUCGAGUUCUUACUUAUCAAUCAUCCAGUGCUUUAAAACGCAUCUUUAAUGCGUUAGACGAAGAGGAACUCGAUAUUAUUAGGCGAUCUUCAUUUGGAAAGUUGAUCGAGAUUGCAGACAAACCCGUAUUUUCCGGAAGAUUUGCGCGAUAUUUGUUAUCAAGGCAGCUGAAAACAAAGAAGAAGCACGAAGCUUGGUUCCGAUUUGCAGGUAAACUGGUUAGGUUUUCAAUGAGAGAAUUUGCGAUUGUGACGGGACUACCGUGUGGUAAAUUCCCGCAGAAGUCCAAGAUGAAGUUAAAGGCAACAAUAGCCGAGCAACCGUAUUGGCCAUGUUUAUUCAGAAAAGUAGAGGUUGUGACAGUCUCAUCUGUCAUUAAGAUGCUUUACCGUAAAACGGUUAAGGACAGGGACAUCCGUAUCAAAUAUGCUUGCUUGGCGUUGCUUGAAUCAGUUCUUCUUCUAACAAGUCUUAAUAUGAAGAUAUGUAGAGAGCAUGUUGAAGCUAUUAAAGAUCUUGAAGCCUUUUUUGCGUUUCCUUGGGGAAGGGUAGCAUUUGAUAUGCUCAUGGGUAGUAUCAAAGAGAGAGAUGAGAUAGCUUUGUCCCAAAACACUAUCGCAGUAAAAGGAUUUGUUCUUGCAUUACAGCUUCUUAUGGUUGCAGCGGUUCCGGCGUUGACAGAGGCUGUGCAAGAUUCAUGUUCUUCCUCUGAUUCUGAUAGUGAAGAUAUUGAUGGACCUGGGCGCGAUAUUUUUACAAAGAAACGGACCCUGAACCCGGCACAUGCACGCAAUGUGGACAAGAGAACUGAUGUUAUUGUUGAUAGCUUCUUGGUUGAAGAUCCGCUACGACCAAUUGAUGAGGCUAAUUUAGUUCGGUCUGAUGAAGAGCACGAUUCAAGAGUAGAUAACAUGUCAGAGUGCAUCAGGCGUAAAUAUCAAUUCAAUAAUUCGUAUUUCCACGGUGGGCUUAGAAAGAUUGAUGUUGCUCGUUUGCGAUUAAAUUUAAAAUCAGCUGGAAGGUGUAAAAGAUCAAAGAAGGUUAUUUCUCCUUCGUCGGACGUUGAGGCAAGUUACAUUGUUGACCUUGUGUUGGAGACAAUCAAACCUCAGAUCGAUAUUAUGGAAUACAACAUUAAGGUAGCUUCGUCGCGGCUCGACGCAAUAGAGGAGAAUGUUCGUGUACAAGUUGAGGCGUUGUUGGGUAAGUUUAAGGAAGAAAUGCUUUCAUCUGUUAACUAUAUCGUUUCUGCUCUUUGGAAAGACCACAUUGCUGCUCAUAACGCCAGGGGAAAUAGUCAACCCUCAUCUCCGACAAAUGUAACCAUUCCCGCAUGUCAUACGAGCCAUGUUGCCGAUGCAAAUGCCAAGACUAUCCAAAACGUUCUACGUGACAUUAGUCAAUACUCUACCCCUCCCCGCUCGAAUCGUAUAAGCGAGGCCGAGAAUCCUACUCCAACGAAGAAAGACCAUGUUGAAUCUGGCUAUGUAUGUGGGACUCCGGUAAUUCAGUCAUGUGCCCAAUCAGCUAAUAGCGAGAAUCGAUCUAGGCAAAAUUUGUUCCGACAGAGUAUGGAGACUCGGAAAAAGCACCACCAAAACAUGUCGGAUGAACCUUCAUUUUCCCUUGGUCUAACUCAGGAAGAACAUAUUCAUGGAGACAGCCCCAUAUACGGAAAAAAUGAUCAUGAACUUGAGCAUUUGUCUAUCAACAAUGUUGCUGACAAUAUCGAAGGAAGUAUAUUGUCCCGUAGAAGUAAGAGGCAAAAGACGGUUCCAACAGGUCUUGUAGAGGACUACCUCUGUGGGCCUCAUUUACUGUCAAGGGCUAGAGAAUCUCACAGGUGCAUAUUUGCAACACUUGAUAUCUCUGAGAUGGGCAGGAAGUUCGCUAAUCUGGAAACCAAACUGAAGUAUAAUUUUGUGAUCAACGUCUCUGGAUUAGCAGUGUCUAGAAGGGAAAUUCAUCUCAUUGUUGAGAGACUACGCAAUUACUCUGCUAAGGUUGUUGAUAUUCUUAUUAGAGUUUUGCGUUUGGUUAUUAUGCAUCAGUUAACUUUGGAAGGUUCACAGAGUACUGCAGCGUUUCUUGAUACCAAGUUUACGGCUGCUAUUAUCAAGAACUUUCCCAAGUUCCUUAAGAGUAAAAAUAAAGACGCUUUCUUAUUCCCAAAAGCAUUGACUGGUAUUUUCCCUACGAAAGAAGCUCCAAAGGCCAAUCCAACAAAGUUUUACUUUCCGUUUAAUGUUGGGAACAAACAUUGGGUUGGUAUUUGUUUUGAUGCUGUGUGUGGGACUGUCACCAUUCUCGAUUCCGGUUUGUCAUUGCACAAGGACAAGGCUAUGGAGAAGAUUAUUUCUCCUGUUGUGCAGAUGUUACCGUAUCUUGCUAGAUAUGCAUGUCUCGAAAUAGGAAGUGAUCCAGUUAUUCAGUGUUAUGAUGUUGCUAGGCGAAAAUCUGUCGCCCAGUUCAAAAAUGAAGCCGAUUCCGGUUUGAUGGCUGUGCUAUUUAUGGCGAGUCACGCUCUAUAUGGACUUGAAGCGUGUAAGAAUAUUGGUGCUGAUGUGCUUGAAGAGGAAGGUAAGAGUGCAGCGAUACUGGCUUAUGAGUUCAAGGAGAAGUUAUAGGUUAUGUUUGGUGUUGAAGUAUCUGUUAUAUUAUGUAUAUUACCUCUUUAAUUAAUGUACUGAGUUGGCCUUGUAGUUGGUAGACUUGUAUUCAAUCUG